UUUAAGGCCCACUUCCUUCUCUCUACCUUCUUAAAGCCGCAACACGCAACGCACUUGCAGUUGCAGAGCGACUUAGAGUGUCCAAGACAAGUAGCAAACGGGGAACUCCAUUGAUCCCGACAUGUCCUUCUCCACAGACAACUCGAGCCCCUCUUCCUUCUACGGCUCCCCGGAGCCAUACUGCUCUUGGGAGUGUCUCCUUCCAAAGCAGGAAGCGCUGCCCUUCAACGAGAACGACUCCGACGAGAUGCUCCUGUUUGAUCUCCUCAUCGAGGCCACGAAGCAAGCAGGGGACGCGGGGAUCACCUGCAAGAGCGAGGCGGUCGAGGUCGAGCACCCCAACGCCGGGAGCCCGGAAGGGGAGGGCGCCAAGCCGAAGUACUACAGGGGAGUCCGGCGCCGGCCGUGGGGGAAGUACGCGGCGGAGAUAAGGGACUCCACGAGGAACGGGAUCCGGGUGUGGCUGGGGACGUUCGACAGCCCGGAGGCGGCGGCGCUGGCCUACGACCAGGCCGCCUUCGCGAUGCGGGGCUCGAUGGCGAUACUCAAUUUCCCGGUGGAGCACGUCAGGGAGUCGCUCCGGGACACGGCUUUGUACGGGACGGACGGGUGCUCGCCGGCGAUGGCGCUGAAGGAGAAGCACUCGAUGAGGAAGAGGAGGAGCAAGCAGGGGAGGCAGCAGCAGCAGCCGCCGCCGCCGAAGGGGAGCUGCGGGUUCAAGAGGAGUGGAGUGAGGAUCCAGAAUGUGGUGGAAUUGGAGGAUUUGGGGGUGGAGUACUUGGACGAGCUGCUGAGUUCGUGUACUAGUGAAGGGGGCUGCUGAAUUUCAGCUCCAUCAUCGUCCUCCUCCUCCUUCUUCUUUGAACAAUAGGCGCGCAUCCAUGAUUUUUUUUGUUCGGCAUGGUACUCUGCGUUGGGAUUCUUUUGUAUUCUCUUCCAUCUUCCCAGGCACAUAAUCGGAAAGCAGAAAGCCUUUUGGGGCUAUUGUUGUUCCUUCGUGAUCCCAAGGGUCGAUCGGUGGUCCCGAGGAGAUUAUAUAUUAA